UGUCCCAAACUAUAUCUUAAGUCAUAUUAUUUGACGGAUUUUGACAGCUGAGUUUUACUAAUUAAACAAUGGUUCCUGAGAACAAGCUCUUAAAUAACUUUAUUAAAUAGUUCAAUACAUUAAAUGUCUACUUAAGAUUCUACUCAAAAUUGAGAUUGGUUUAUUCAUAUGAAGGUUAGUUCAUGAAAAUCAAUAAAAAACCUAUAAUUGAAAAGAACAUGUACCUACUAUGCGUAGAAGGACUCCAAUAUGCGGAAUAAUGUGCAAAUAGCUGUGGAAUGGAAGGCCGCAGGUUCGACCCCGCAACUACAGUAACGUGUUAGUCGCAAUUGUGUGAAUUGCGAAUUCAAGAUCAAAAAUAUAAAUGUAUUACUAUAUAUUUGUCCCAAAUGAAAGGCCCGAAGACGCAGGACUUAAUUUUACGCAACUAGGAAAUAAAUAUGGACAAACAGUGAUAGAACAUAACGUGGUUACAGAAGAUGGAUAUAUUCUGAAACUCUUCAACAUACCUGGUAACCGAUCAGUUCCAGUGCUGCUGACACAUGGCAUCCUAGACUCCGCGGAUACAUUUCUUCUUCGAGGACAUACUUCUUUGGUUGUUUACCUUCGGAAAUUCGGCUAUGACGUUUGGGUUGCCUCUGUCAGAGGGGCAAGGUACUCCCGGCGUCACGUUACCUUGGAUCCUGACAAAGACAGUGAGUUUUGGAACUUCAGCGUCCACGAAAUAGGCUACUACGAUCUACCGGCUUUAAUAGACUUCGUAUUAAGUUGGAAUGCUGUGGAUAAAUUGAGUGCGGCUGGACAUUCUCAAGGGAAUACCAUUUACUACGUUUUAGGAGCAACAAGACCGGAGUACAACGAUAAAGUUAAUAUCAUGAUUGCAUUAGGACCUAUUUCUUAUCUAAAUCAUUACAAACCGCCAAUCCAUACUAUAAUAAAGUUAGGUCCACUUAUAGACCAUAUUUUAACAACAUUCAAUCAAGAGGAGCUAUUUGGUGAUAAUUCGAUUUAUAGAACCGAAAUAAAUAAGUUUUGUACACCAUACGAAGUUGGUUAUGCGCUUUGUGGCGAAGCGUUUUUUAGUUUGGCCGGUUAUGACGUAGAAGAAUUUGAACCUGCGAUGUUUUAUGUAGUCAUCGGACAUUUCCCGACAAGCACAUCGAAGAAGGUCGCAAAACAUUAUUUGCAGAUUGCAAAUAAUGGAGAUUUCGUAUAUUACGAUUACGGUCAGGAGAAGAAUUUAAAACUUUAUAAUUCAGAGACACCGCCACCUUACAAUUUAAGUGCUGUUACGAUGAAUGUUGCGUUAUUUGUUGGGAGAAAUGAUAGGGUGAACCCCAUUGAGAAUGUACGUAGAUUACAUAAGGCAUUGCCUAAUGUUGCGCAGUUUAAAAUAAUGGAUCGCGAGAAAUUCAAUCACAUGGAUUAUAUAUGGGGUCGGCAUAUGUAUGAAUACCUGUUUCCUUAUAUAUUGGAAAUGUUAGAAAGGUUUAAUUCAUAGAUAAGUGAUAUAAUGAAUCAACUAGUCAACAAUAGUGGCCGAGUUAGAGAAACUUGCCGGAUUUUUUAGAUUUUUAAUUAUAUGAUACUGUAAGUUAUUCAAUAUUUUUAAUGAUGUAACUAUUAAAAAUUAUACCAAAUCAUGCAUGCACGAAUCAACCUUGACACGGACUACCUUGAUUCAUCGAUUUUUUUUAGUAUCGUAUAGUUUUAUUUCAUAACAAAGCCGGAAUGUCAUUCUCAGAUUCCUAAACAUAUAUUAUCGCAUUGAAUUGUUAUUAUCAUGUUUGUUUUAAUAUGUUUAUUUGUAUAGUAAACAUUUUCAAUUGUCACUUGCGUCACAGAAUAAUAAUUUUUAUUGUCUACUCUAUUAGUACUUGAUGACGAUUUUUUUUUAGUUACAUAGAAACACAAUAGUUAGGUACACAAUGAUAUCCUCUAUCAAACCAUAGAGGUUUAUACUAUAGAUUACGUAUGUAUGUCUAGUGGUAGCGUAUAUGGACUGUUCUGGGAGGUCUCGGAUUCGAUAAGGUCCGGCAAAAAUUUGUGUAAAUUUUGUUAGCACCGUUUGGUGGAUACUAUUCUUAGGCAUCCAGGUCGAUUAAGGUAGUCUUAUGCAGGUGGUCGGUCCUGAAACUAAGUCAAAAUUUCGUUUCUGUAUUGUCAUAAACUUAACCUGCUUUAUACUUACUGAAUUAUUUGAAUCCAAUGUAAACAGGUUCCUAUGAUGGCAUUUCGAUAUGUUUGUUUUGUGCUUGUUCAGGCUUAUAUCCCUUCACUUUUUAGUACUUUUAUUAUCACGUUUUAACGGUAAGGUGCCUCUUUAGUUUAUAAAUAACUAUUGCGAGUUUGUUUAUAAGAAAAAUCUUGAAAAAAUUGCAUUCGGCAAUUAAUAACAAAAAUAAUGAGCCCGGAAUUCCUUUCUGCCUUUCUUCUGCGAACUGUUGUCACAGGUAGCUAGUGGGAUGCUGGCAGGUCAGCUAGGUUAAGGUUUGUAUUGUUCUCACUGGUGCGGAUGCCAAUGCGUUAUUUUCCUUGGUUUUAAAAAAAAUCUCUUAUACCUUCUUUAACUAUUAAUCCGAGCUGACUUACUUAGUUAUAUAAAUUGAUUUCCUUUUUUAUUUAUUAAUUCUAAUAUAAUAUCAUCAUAAGUACAUAUCCGUAAAGACUGCCAUGGUUGCGUAAGCCAUACGACCUCCGCUCUAAGGAGUCGGGUUUGAUUCCCGGCGGGGCAGAGAUAUUGGGUUUUUCUUUUUAAUAUCAGCUAAGAGUCUGGAGUAUGUGUCCAAUAGGACGAUAGACUGCCACCAUGGGCAUAGGGUUGCUAAUUUUUGUUUGAACAAUAAUGUACGAUCACAUUGAAAAAUUUAAAUAAACUGUACCU